AAGGGUGGAUAACACUGAGGAUGUCAUCGAUUGAUUUCAAUUAAUUAGUAUGGAAAGACCAACAAAGAUCAGAAAAACAAAGAACACAGAUGAACACAGCUGGGAGGUUAGAGCACCAGUAUCUCUGUAUCAUCGAUGCAUUCAAUAUAUUGCUCAAAAUCUACAUAUGGUGGACAGUUUUUAUGGAUUUCCUGACUUGGUGGCAGCUGAUAUUUUUCAGGAAGCAGAGAAGUGCAAGAAAUUUGAAAUCACUUCAGCAGAAAACGAUUCUCUCAAAAACCUUCUAUUGUUUUGUGAAAUUUAUCCAGACAGCGUGCUGUCCAGCCUAAAUCUAUCGACCUCCUGCCGCGCCUUGAACUACUGGCUGGAACACUUCCUGGUUUUCUCUGGACUACAAUCACUAGAUUUGUCAGAUUGUUUCCUUGGAGAGGAGCAUGAAAUCUUAUCCCAUAUUGCACAUUUAAAACUCUUAAAAAGCUUAAACCUAAGGAAAAACUGUCUGACGGAUAAAGGGGUUUCUAGAAUUUGUGCACCAUUUAAACUAUUUAGAAGAGGACCAGAACAUUUAACAGUUCUAGAUGUGUCAGAAAAUGGAUGCAUAUCAAAUAGAGGAAUCAAAAUGCUACAGUGCUUCAAAGAUUUACAAAAAGUAGAUAUUACUGGAACCAGUGUUAAGGUUAAAGAAAUAUCCAAUGAUUGGAAAGUCCUUCCAGAGAAGGGAGAGGGCUUAGUGUCUAUAAAAAAUGAAGGAUGGGCCUCCCAUGUAGUCUGCAAGUGGAUGGAAUUGGCAACUCGGACACAUGACAAGGAUGAACACAAAACGUCAAAGUUUUAUGCAAUAAAGAAACGAAUCAAAAGCCGAAUCAGCAUACAGAAUGUGAGCAAAGUGUCAUUUGUUCCACAAUACAGACUGGUGCUUCAUCGAAUUCAUCAUCUGAAGAAAGUGACAGCACCUUGUGUCAAAAUUCCCACACUGACUGAACAAGAUAAUAAUAUGGAUGCAAUAAUGAACUUAUACAAACCUUAAUCCUUGAUACUACAAAACAGUUGUCAGAAUAAGGAGUAAUGCCUAUUAUUAUACUUUCAUGUUAAAUACUGAAAAUAUGCCCUGAC